AUGGCACAAGACUACCGAGGAAGUCUACGCAGAGGAGGGGAGAUGCAAAAAAAGAAGAAGGCUCAAUCACCUCUACCUCCACAUCUACUACUAACACCUCCACCACCACCUCCUCCUCUUCCACCUCCCCCACCACCACCCCCUCCACCACCUCUACCAUCACAACCUACUCCUUCACCACCACCUCCACCACUUCUACCCUUACAAACACCACCACCAUCACCUCCGCCACCUCCACCACCACCACCUCCACGUCCACCACCUCCACAUCCACCACCUCUACCACCACAACCUACUCCUUCACCACCACCUCCACCACUUCCACCUCUACAACCACCAUCUCCACCUCCACCUUCACCACCUCCACUACUACCUCCACCACCACCUCCAUCACCUCCACCACCAUCACCUCCACCACCACCACCACCUCCACUUUCACCACCACUACCUCUACCACCACCACCUUCACCGCUACCUCCACCACCUCCACCUCCACCACAACCACCUCCACCACUUCCACCUCCACCUUCACCACUGCUACCUCCACCACCACCACCUCUACAACCAACACCUCCACCUCCACAACCACCACCUCCACCUUCACCUCCACCACCACCACCUCCACUGCUACCUCCACCACCUCCACCUCCACCACAACCACCUCCACCACUUCCACCUCCACCUUCACCACUGCUACCUCCACCACCACCACCUCUACAACCAACACUUCCACCUCUACAACCACCACCUCCACCUUCACCACCACCUCCACCACCACCUCUACCACCACCUCCACCACUUCCACCACCACCACCACCUCCACCACUACCUCCGCCACUACCACCUCCAUCACCACCUCCACCUCUUGUACCACCACAACCUGUAUCACCACCUCUACCUCCAUUACUACUACCACUAUCACCAUCUCUACCUCCACCUCCACUACCUCUACCACCUCAACCUACUCCUUCACCACCACCUCCACCACUUCCCCCUCUACAACCACCACUUACACCUCCACCACCACCUCCACCACUUCCACCACCUACACCACCACCUCCACCACCACCAGCACCACCUUCACCACCACCAGAACCACGACCACCUCCACCACCACCACCUCCACCUCCACCUCCGCCACCACCAUCUCCACCUCCACCACCACCACCACCUCCACCUCCACCACUACCACCUCCACCUCCACCUCCACCACCACCACCUCUACAACCACCACCUCCACCUCCACAUCCACCACCUCCACCUCCACUACCACCACCAGCACCACCACCUCCACCUCCACCUCCACUACCACCUCCACUACCACCUCCACCACCACCUCCACCACUUCCACCUCCACCUUUACCACCGCUACCUCCACCACCACUACCUCCUUCACUACCACCUCUACAACCACCACCUCCACCUCCACCUUCACCACCACCUCCACCACCACCACCUCCUAUACCACCACUUCCUGUGCCACCACCUCCACCUCCAUUACCACUAUCACCACCACCUCUACCUCCACCACCGCCAUCAUCACCACCACCUCCUCUUCCACCACCAUCUCCACCUCCACCAUGACCUCCACCUCCACCACUACCACUGCUUCUACCACCAUAA